UCCAGAUUCCAGAAAAUGAAAAUAGUCGAAAUACAUCUUCUCCAAACCUCGAGUGUAGUGAUCAGUGAAUUCAUGAAGCCAGAAACUAACUGUUACUUAUCCGACGUGCUUGUUGUUGUACUCAUCUUCAGUUCAUUCUGUUAGCAGAUCACCCUGUGCGCGAAUACUCUCCAUAUCUGUGAGCAAAUUCUGUUCUGAGGCUGACAUUCAACAUGCAGUAUUUCAGUGGUUGGGCUGGAAAAGCUGAUGAGCCAGACGCUGAAGAGGGAAAAUCUGCUGAGGGAGCAGGGGAGGACAAUUCCUGGAUGCAUGGCUCUUGGUUCGCGAAAGCUCAAGAAGAUCCGUGGAUGCCAGCCUUGUCGCGCAAACAACGCUUGAUGGGCUUCAUACUUUGCCUGUUGGCUGGUGGAUUCUGCUUCUUAGUAGCAUUCAUGAUACUGCCAGUUCUGAUCCUGAAAGCGAGAAAGUUUGCUGUCCUUUAUACGUUGGGGAGCUUGUUCAGUGUUGGAAGCUUUGCCUUCCUGUGGGGGCCGUACAGUUUGCUGAAGCACCUCCUGUCACCAGCUGUCUUGCCAUACUCGGGUCUCUGCGCCGUCAACAUGGCCGCCACUCUGUAUUGUGGAAUGUCGCUCCACAGCACUAUUCUGACGAUAGUGUUCGCCGGCCUUCAGAUCCUAUCGCUUGCGUACUUUGUUCUCAGCUACAUCCCAGGUGGAACUGCCGGCUUAAUGUUCAUGGGGAAGGUGGCGAGAAAGGCUGCAACGUCCACCAUCGGGACGAUCAUGUGACUGUGAAUAGCUGGCAUCCGUGAAAUACGUCUUGGAAGCAACAGGCAGCGCACGGGUGUUAUUAUCAUCCCGGACAUUGCCGCUCUCCCUUGCUGGAUGUGGUUCAUGCGUUGAACUUCCGCAGCAGUGAGAUAUCUCCAGUCAACCCGCCGCUGCGAAGCUCUUUGAACAAGAGCACCAGUGCCAGCAGGAGGAGUGCCAGGCCACAGUUGAGUGAAACAUUUCGCGAGCAAUUGGUCUAUUCGCAGGAACCCAUGCUCUCCCAGGAAAUACCAGUUCACUGUUUCAAGGUCUGCAGAGCGUAAUAAUUUAAUUGUAUCUGUGACACCAACAAACAGGUGGACCUACAUAAAAGGCGUUUUCACCCAGCAAGGCAAAGAACUGUUGCACUUUAAUUUGUUUAAGACUCGGUCUUGCCCAUUGGUGCCUUUAGUUACCAUGCAGUUGGCCUCUUACAAAACGCUCGUUUUCCACAAAUUGUCAUCUUGCACAAUGAUACAUGGCUACCAAUUAGUGUUGGCCCUUUCUGUGUUCAAUAAUGAUAAAACUCCGAGCUGAGCAGGCUCCAGGAUCGACAUUGAUACGUUUUUUAAAUAUAUGCCCUCUUGCUAGCUGGUUUAGCGAAGACUUUCCAACCCUCUGCUUAUUAAUUAAUAUACGGCCCACUAGUGUUCGCCUGUGUUUUUGUUUCCCGCGUCUAUUUUUAAAUUUGUGUAAAAUAAACAGACGUGCAGUGUUUGUUAUGUAUGCACUGUAUCCGA